UCUAAAAUGCCAUUUUUUUCUCUUGCGUGUCCUUCCCUUUCAGAUAAUCGCUCUCGGUCAAUAUCUACACCUGCUGGAGAUUUCAUAUUUUCCGAUAUAUAAUAAUUAAUACAAUAUGGAUGAUUUUGACAUGCUCAACUCUCCGGCUGCUGGGAACGGCGUUGGCUCAGACGACGACCCCGCUGCAGCGUUUUUGGCCCAACAGGAGAGCGAAAUCGCGGGGAUUGAAAAUGACGAAGGCUUCAGCAUCCUGGACAGUGGAGAGGUCCCCUCGUUGCUAGCAGAUUCCAGCGACGGUGCUGUCAAUGGAGAGUUCCAUGGGGAAAGCAACGGUCCAUCUGAUGCCUAUGCAGCAAUUUCCAAUGCAGACCGUCUGCAGGCAGAACCAGAAAGCCUUCGCAAAUGGAGGGAGGAGCAAAGAGAAAGACUGGAGCUGCUUGAUGAUAACUCUCGCAAGCAGGAGUCUGAGUGGAAGACAAAGGCCAAGGUGGAGCUGGAGGAAUGGCACACCAGGCAGAAUGAGCAGCUGGAGAAAACCAAAGCCAAUAACAGGGUGCUGGAUGAAGACUUCUACAAGCAGCCCUUCUCUGAGCUCAUUGGUUAUGUCACACACAUUAACCAUCCUUGCUACCGCCUAGACCAGGCAGCCGAGGAGGCCAUGAUUUCAGACAUGGACGAGAACAACCCUGGCACAGAAUGGGAACGUGUAGCUCGCCUCUGCGACUUCAACCCCAAGUCCAGCAAGCAGGCUAAAGAUGUGUCCCGCAUGCGCUCCGUCCUCAUCUCCCUGAAGCAGUCUCCGCUGGUCCGCUAGACUCUGCUAUACAUCAUCAAAUAUUACCACCAAUGCAAACACAACCCAACACCCGAUGACCCAUAUCUGUAUUCUGAAGAAAAGAUGGCAUACACCCCUUUUGUGCAUACAUGUUUACCACACACAGACCUAGUUUUCUGCAAUGGAAGGAUAUGGCCAGUUAUCCCAUCAUAGUGUUCCACUCCUGACAGGCUUGUAGUGGGCUCUUGUUGCCACCUGUCGGAUUUAAUGGUUUUAGCCACUUUUUUUUUUUGUCUUCAGCACGUUGUUGUUCAUCAUCCUUCCAAAAGUUUUUCUUUCUUUGAGGACCAAAUUAUAAAAACUCCAAAUCCAGCGAGUGUUUCGAAACUGUGUGUUGUGCCUACCUGUGGCAUAUGGUGUUCAGUUGAUUUCAAUCUAUGCAUUUACUUAUGAAAAGCUCCUCCUCUGCAGUUAGGAAAUGAGCAGUACAGUACAGUACAGUACAGUACAGUACAGUACAUUACAAUUUAAUGUUUGUAUGUUUGUUGGCAGUGUGUGUAUGUACUUUCUGUGUGCACCUAUGUACUGUACAUAUACAGAAGGCAAUAUAUAUACAGAAUAUAAAACUUGUUAGACAGUUGUGGCUUUCAAGAGAACAAGCUGACUGUUGAAACUGUUGUUCGAUCAUGCAUGUCCAUUGUCCAAUUGAUUUCAAUAUCAGUAAACGAUAAAUGACAACUUUAGUUAUAUUUUACCUCG